AAUGAAUUAAAAGCCUCUUUCUUCAAACAGUUCAGCCAGUUAAAACUUAAAUUUUGGUGAUUAUGAGAAAGUCAAAUUUACAUUUAGUGGAUUAGACAAGUAUAUUGUCAUGGUAUUCAAAAUAUAUUAAUGGGAAGGAAUUAAAUACUAAAAUUGCGUUGGAAGAUUUAAAGUUCACAUUUGCCAACAUUUUAAAAACAGAUUUCUUUGCAAAGAAGCUUGAAUAUCAUGUUGUAAAAGGAUUUAAAGAUAAGACAUUAUCAGCUUAAAAAUCUUUGGCACAUUAAGAAAUAUCUAGUGAUUUUAAAGGCCAAGGCCCAGGUCAGUAAUUAAAUAUACAAGUUAAAUUUAUCGAAGAAGGUGCUUGA